AUGAGAGAGAAUCAUAUAGGAGGGAACUGUGGCCUGAGACACGUGUCUCAAGUAGAGGCACCGAAAUUGCGAGAAAGAGUGGUGGGGAUGUACACGUGUUGGAAUAUUGGUUGGGACGUGAGGAGUGCUCGGGUCACUGGCUGUGAUGUAGGCGAAGGUGACAGAAACCUCCAUCCUUUCCCCCAUAUUCACGAACACUCUUCAAUCGCGAAGUCGGAGACAGAGGCGGAAGUCGGAUCGGAGGAGGUGGCAGUGGCGAUAAGGAUUCUUGCUGAAGUUUUAUCAUUAGAGGGCUCAAUUCUCGAUGUUGAAGUUUACAACUCUUUAAUUGAAGGCUACUGCGGGCCGAACAACUUUGAGAAAGUUAAACAAAUUCUUGCAGUCAUGAUAGGGAAUAAUUUGAGCAUCUCGGUUUUUAGUUACAAUAAAAUGGUGUGCUCGGCUUGCACGGAGGAUAAAUUCUCUCUUGCAAUGAGCCUCAAAGAGCUUAUGGUCCACAAAAAUUCUUGUCCGAUCAACCAUGGCUAUAGCCGUGAAGCCGCGAGUUCCGACCGCCGUACAACAAGGGAGAACCAGGGGUCCCGAACAACAGCAACUCCUUCUCCCUCGGGCGACGUUCGAUCAAGUCUGAAGCCAAGAGACGAGCCGAAUCAAUACGACACCGACGAGAGGACGUGGUUGCCGGCGGGGCGGCUGUUCCAAGUGGAGUACACGAUGGAGGUGGUGAAGCAGAAGAGUUCGAGACGAUGGAAGAAAAAACUGGAAAUCGGAGACUGUGGGUGGGGUCCAUGA